AUGGCCCAGUAUCACAAGCUUGGCCUCGCAUUGAAGAAAGAUCCCGAAGCCAGCAUGAUAGAUAUACUUUCAACAACAUAUCCGAAACAGCUGAAAUCGUUCACGUCUCUAGGUUCUAUUGUUCGAAAACAUGAUCCGACGCUUCCAGGUCCCAUUCCACAAAUCACCUAUUCGCUUCACAUCAGCGACCCGCGUUUGAGGUUUGCACCUACCGAUCCUUGUACUGUCGUUCAUGAGCUGUCGACUGAAGUCAAAGGACUUCUCAACCCAGGAAAUCUCACCGAAGCAAUCAUUGAGUUACUGCAUCGAGGGGAUAUUCUUUUCCAACAACCGUAUGCCACAGUUUUGAAGAUUGGCGAAGCCAUUGCUGUCAAGAUAAAUCAUGCAGAUGUCACCACAGAGCAUCGUUCACUUUGUUACCUUGAACAGCAUCUCCCCGCUUUCCCAGCUCCUAGAGCACAUGGUUUGCUUCGGAUUAACUCUUACAGCCUCCUCUUUACUUCAUUUGUCCCAGGUGUCGAGCUGGAAAAGGCAUGGCCUCAGAUGGAUGAAGAAGAGAAGCGGGCUCUCUGCAACGAUCUUGAUCAAGUUCUCGCUCUUCUCAGGACAAUCCCUUUCCCGCCUGGCACUCCAUAUGGUGGAGUUGGUGGCGAAGGCUGCACGGAUCUACGUCGGAGCCUACGAAUGAACACGGAGCCGAUAUACGACGAGAAGGCCUUCCAAGACUUUAUUUUUUCUGGGGCUAAAACUGCUUCGGCCUUGUAUACUAACCUCUUACGCAACUUGAUACCCCUUACUCCUAUCAAAUGUGUCUUCACGCACGGUGAUUUUCGGCCUGCAAAUAUCAUGGUUGAACGGAACCCAGAGGGGAAAUGGAAAGUUGCUGGUGUGAUAGACUGGGAGGCCAGUGGAUUCUAUCCAGAAUACUGGGAGUUUCUGAAGAUGACGAACAAUCUUCACUCAAGGGAACAGAGCGAUUGGUACAGGUUCUUGCCAGCAAGCCUAUCUUGGAACCAGUAUCCCGUCCACUGGCUUGUAGAUAGAGUGUGCGACCGCCAGAUGACCAAUAGUUAA